CUCAUUCUGGUCUGCGCUGAUCAUUUAUCCUCUUCCAUGAGUUCGACAGCCUUGGUGGUACUGUACGACCACCGCUAGAUUUCUGCUCCACCGAAUCCCACAACCCCCGCUCCCACAGCAGCCACGUCCUCGCAACCUUGCAGUAUUUGCUUAUCCGAGUGCUUCUUUGCGACGAAUCGGCUCCAGAGGCACCUUACACGGGCGUGUACCCAGUAGGUUACAUACCACGACAAGACGUCACGGUGUGGAGUGGAGCCACUGCAUCCGAAAACGCUCUGUGCCGCGCUAGGACGUCGAGUGCCGUCGUUUUGUGUGCACAUGCUACACACCCCAAGCGACCAUUGCUGCGAGUUGUAGUUCUAGUAACACGCGAACGGCAGCUGCUCACUUAGGUCGUCUAUACUUAGCUGCUAACCAGGUGCGGAGGAGGAUGGAGUUGGGACCUUGAAGCGAGCGUGAGGGAAGGCUGGGACUCGAUGGCGACAUGAGCGAGCGACCGGGAACGAUCGGCGACGAUUGCUGACGUCGGAGCUCAUGAUGACGACGAUGACGACUGGCGGUGCCAUGACGCACGAUGGAGCCGGCGGUACGGCGGCGAAUGGUGCUAGAGCGAGCGGCGGUGACGCAGCAGCCGCGGUUUUCGACGCGAAGCGAGGCGUGAAGUCAGAGCCCGGCACGACGACGGCAGCGAUCGCCGCAGGAAGAGAGAGCAACGGACGACCCGCCGAUGCCAACGGCUCGGCGGACGAGGGCGCGGCGGCGGAGAGGCGGGCGGAGGAAAGCGGCGCACUGGAGGGGAGCCCGGCGGAGAGCGGCGGGGCAAAGCGGGUGGCGGAGCGCGGAGCGAGCGGAAGGCGGCAGCGCAAGCGGUGCAAGCUGGUGCUGUUCGAGAGCCGGCUGCCACGCGACGGGUUCGUGUGGCUCAAAUACGGACAGAAGGAGCUGUCGGGCGGCACCAUGACCAGGCACUACUUCAAGUGCAACGCGGCGGACUCGCCGCUGCAGUGCCAGGCGAAGCGCAUCGUGGACUAUAACAAGGUUGAUCCGAAACACCACAUCCGCGUUACAACCACCGGCCACCACAACCACGAGGCAGCCGGCGCGCCUCUGGGCCUGAGCGUGGGAAGAGAAGGGGAGGGGAUGGAGGGGGGGGGCGAGGGCGAGGAGGGGGAGGAAGAGGAGGAGGAGAGGCGGAGGGGCGAGGAGAGGGAGUGGAUGGCGGACGACGACGACUACCAGGAGCAGCAGCAGGAGCAGCGGUGGCAGCAGCAGCGGUCACCGCUGCUGCAUCAGCUGUCCGCGCCCGUGGGGCUCUUCGCCUCCGCCUCGCUCGUCCCCACCCACGCCGCGCACCCUGCGCCCGCACACCCUCUCGCGCGCGCCAAUUCGCGCACUCACUCCGACCCCUCCGCGCGCGCGCUCUCCCCCACGCACCUGCAGCUGCAACCUCUAGCGCCGCUGCCGUCCCAAGCGCUAGCACCGGACGAGCCCGCCCGGGCCCUGCCGCCAUUGCACUCGCAGAACCUGUCCCCGCUACAAGAUGUAUCCUCGUUACAACGACACGACCUGUCCUCGCUACAGCGGCAAUCCUCGUUACAGCGACAAGACCUCUCCUCGUUACACCGGCUAUCCUCCUUACAGCAUCAAGACAUAUCCUUGCUGCAACCACAAGGCAUGUCCCCGUUACAGCGGCAGUCCUCGUUACAGCCCGACUCACUACUUCCACCCAUAGGUUGCGCGAGAGGCCGGGUGCGGACGGGGAGUGCGUUGGGCGCAGGGGCAUGGCAGCAGGGGGCGCAGCAGGGGGCGCAGCAGGGGGCGCAGCAGGGGGGCAGCAAGGGGGGCAGCAAGGGGGGCAGCAGGCAGAGCAGCAGGGGAGACAGGGGGUCCAGCAGGGGGGGCAGGAGCCGAGGUGUGUGGGCGGAGGAGCGGAGGGCGCGGAAAGGUACAUGCUGGGCGGUCCGGCAGCUGUGGCAGCAACGGCGUUGGGAGCAGGCAGAGAGGGAGGAGGGCUUCGAGAGGCGUUGCCGCGGCACGCAGGGGACGCAGGGGAGGCAGGGGAGGGGGCACGACCGCCAGCAGCGGCGGCAGCAGCAGCAGUCGGAGGAGGAGGAUCAGUCGUGCGGCCUGGGAGGCGCAGCACGAGGCGGGCAGAGGCAGGCGCUCGGCGCGGACUGCUCCAUGCCGCUGCUGCAGCAGUGGCUGCAACACCGCGCCCUGCAGUCCAACGGGCAGCAGCAGCCCUCUCCGCUGCAGCAGCCACCUCUGCCGCCGCCGCAGCAGCAGCAGCAGCAGCAGCAAGCACAAGAAGCGCUAGGCUGGUCGUCUGCAGCAGGUGUGAGAGGCAGUGAAGCACGGCCCGUGGGAAUGGAGAGGAGGCAUGAGGAGGAGAGAGCGAGAGCCGUAGCGGCAGGCGCAGCACAGCCGCCGCAGCAGGCACGGCUGGUGCGGCAGGCGCAGCUGCCCGAGCACGCACAGCAGCUAGCAGCACGGCACGCACAGGUGUGCGAGGUACCACCGCAAGCACAGGCGAUGCGGCAGCCACACCAGUGGCCGCCGUUACAAGAAGCACUUAUGGCGAUUCCAGCACCAGCAGCAGCAGCAGCAGCAGCAGCAGCCCAGACGGAAUCAACGGCUGAAGGCAUGAUCCCUUUCCACGCUGCAGCCCCCCCUGCUGCUGCUCCUGCUGCUGCUGCUGCUGCUACUGCACCAUCCGACUCCGCAGUGGCGGCACAUGCGGCAGCAGCAGUACCCCGCUCCCCUGCGCCAUCCCCCGCCGCAGCACCGUCCCCCGCUGCAAUGGUGGCGCACGCAGCCGUGGCGGCGCGCGUGGAGGCGCUGCGGCGGCAGCAGGAGGAGGCGUCGCGGCGCGAGGCGGAGGCGGCGGCGGAGCUGCGGGCGCUGGAGGAGCAGCGGGAGGCCGCCAAAGAGGCGCGCGCGCGCGCUGCUGCCGCGCAGGCGGAGGCGGAGGCGAAGCUGGUCGCACUGAGGCGCGAACUGCUGGCGGAGAGAGACCUCCGACAAGGGGGGACGGGGGGUGGGGCGAUUGGGGCAGGU